GCUGCCGCCGAGAGGUGGGUGACCGGCCUUGCCUGACUUGAGUGGCCGGCGCAAUCAGACUUCCGUAUCCAUUUCUAAGAGAGAAGAUUAUAAAUGCCAGAGCCAUUUAACUGAUGGUUAGCUGUUGAAUUCUGACACUUCCUUACAUAUCUUCUUGCACCAACAUCUUCACUGGGAAGAGUUCAGGAAAAGUAGCAGAGGGAAGGAGAGACAACACUUACAUGUACCAUGGCUAUACCAAUAACAGUGCUUGACUGUGAUCUCUUGCUAUAUGGCCGAGGUCACCGGACACUGGACCGCUUUAAGCUGGAUGAUGUGACCGAUGAAUACUUGAUGUCCAUGUAUGGGUUUCCUCGACAGUUCAUUUAUUACUUGGUGGAGCUCUUGGGGGCAAGUCUUUCUAGACCUACUCAGAGAUCCAGGGCUAUUAGCCCAGAGACACAGAUCCUUGCAGCACUGGGCUUUUAUACCUCAGGUUCUUUCCAGACUAGAAUGGGAGAUGCUAUUGGUAUCAGUCAGGCAUCUAUGAGUCGAUGUGUUGCCAAUGUCACGGAAGCACUUGUGGAAAGAGCCUCGCAGUUCAUUCACUUUCCAGCUGAUGAAGCCUCCAUGCAGGCUCUGAAGGAUGAAUUCUAUGGGUUGGCAGGGAUGCCAGGGGUGAUAGGAGUGGUUGACUGUAUCCAUGUGGCAAUCAAGGCACCAAAUGCUGAAGACCUCUCCUAUGUGAACCGCAAAGGUCUGCAUUCUUUAAAUUGCCUGAUGGUGUGUGACAUCAGAGGGGCACUGAUGACCGUGGAGACAAACUGGCCAGGUAGCCUACAGGACUAUGCUGUGCUGCAGCAGUCUUCUCUCAGAAGUCAGUUUGAAGCUGGAAUGCACAAAGAUAGCUGGCUUCUUGGAGACAGUUCCUUCUUUCUCCGUACCUGGCUCAUGACCCCACUUCACAUUCCUGAAACUCCAGCCGAAUAUCGCUAUAAUAUGGCCCAUUCUGCAACUCACAGUGUGAUUGAGAAGACUUUCCGAACCCUCUGCUCCCGAUUCCGCUGCCUGGAUGGAUCCAAGGGCGCUCUGCAGUACUCACCCGAGAAGUCCAGCCACAUCAUCUUGGCUUGUUGUGUCCUCCACAACAUCUCCUUGGAGCAUGGGAUGGAUGUUUGGUCCUCUCCAAUGACAGGACCCAUGGAACAGCCUCCUGAGGAAGAAUAUGAGCACAUGGAGUCCCUGGACCUAGAGGCUGACCGCAUGCGUCAGGAGCUGAUGCUCACUCAUUUUAGCUAAUGUGAAGGUGGGGAGGAGGGAAACUUUCGGAAGGAGUCGUGACAAACUUUCCCCCUCCACCACCCCCUACACAGUUCCAUCAUCUAGCGUGAUUGAGUGUGUGGACACUUGUCACAAACUGACAUUUAAUCUGUGUGUUUUAGAAGGGUUGGGGCUGUGCCAGAAUAUCUUGAUUCAUUUGCAAAUUUAUUAACUAAACCAAAACCAAGACAAGAAUUCCCUAUUAUCUGUUGAACUCCAGGCUGAGCGCUACUCAUUGGAAAGCUCACUGGUUGCAGACAUUUAUGAUUGUGCCUAUAAAAUCAAAGCAAAGGGGAAAAUGGCAUCUAGCCAGAACACUUUUUGUUUCAAUUAUCUAGAGAUUUCAAAUGAAAAUAAUAUUUGUUUGUCCUGAAUUAUUUGGAUAGUAUUUUAGCUUUUCUACUGUGCUGCCUAUGUAGGCAUAAUCUGAGGCAAGUGUAAAGAGUA